GUUUCGCUCUCAUUCUAUAACCACCUUGACAACGGAUCUGUCAAAUAGGUUGCUGCUUGUAAACAAACCGUUCGAAAGUACGAAGCGGACGAAUAUACUCGGCAAAGUCAACAAAAGUGUACGAAAUGAUAUCGGCAAUAUAUUUCUUGCCGGAUCUAUAUGAAAGCGACGACCAUUCAACGGAUAGCGAUGAACAUGGUUUAGUAUACGGUUAUUCGUCGGAUAGUUCUGAAAGUAGUAAUGCCAUCCGAGAACCAAUUUCGUUGCAUUUCGACAAUGAUUGGUUCCUAAAAUGUUUCAACGUUUCGCGUGAUGUGUUCAACGAAUUGUACAACAGUUUGGUGCCAGUGCUUAAAACAACGGAAACCCCUACGGCUUUCGAGAAGCUGGCAGCCACUCUACGAUAUUUGGCCAAAGGUACCUGUACCAGUGAUACCGGUGCCGGUGGUUACAAAGCCAUGCCUCGAAAAGCGUUUCAAGCAAUGUUUCCACAAACGAUAAACGCGAUGCAUGAAUUGAUUUGCAAAAGGUUUAUCUCACUAAAACCGUCUAACAGCGUUGAGCAGACGGAAGCUGAAAUAUAUUUUAGAGAGCAUUGUCCCAACUUGCCCGGCGUAGCGCUGUGUGCGAUCGGGACGCAUAUGGAAAUAGCGGAACCAAAAGAAGAGAAGCAUCUGUUCUACUACAAGUAUGGUUCCUACAGUCUUAAUGCACUGUUGGUGUGUGAUUAUAUGAAACGCAUAAGGUACGUUAACGCAAGUUUCUGCGGAUCCUUGCACGACUCUCAUUUAUGGGUAAGCUCGGAUCUAGACAAUUAUUUUGCCGAUAGUUACUUAGCCGCGAACACAAGCUGUUAUGUGUUAGCUAAAUCCAAGUUUCCAUCGAAACCCUGGAUACUCACACCGAUUGAAAACGCUAAGGCCAAGAGUCUCGAGGCUAUGUUUAACGAUCAGCACGCAAAGACAUUCGCAGUAGCGGAGGAAACGAUUUCGCUUUUAAAGAAUCGCUUUAGAUGCUUACUAGGCAAACCACCGAUCCCGUACACGCCCGCCGAAUGCGUGACUAUCAUAGACGUUUGUUGUGCGCUUCAUAACAUGUGCAUUGCAUGUAAAAAUGUAAAAUAACAAGUAAAAUUGUAACCGUGCUUAGGA